AAACAUUCUAAAUCAACAAACAUAAUAAGUCCCGAAACAAAAUCUUGGGUCCACAAAAACUCUCAACUGAAUCAACAAUAGCAUAACCCCACUACCAUACAAACCACACUGUAUCACUCCACUCCCAAAUUCAUAAAAAGGCCAAAAAUCGAAUCCACAAAAGCAAGAAAAGAAAAAAGAGCCCAAGUGGAAUCACCAUAAAGAUUGAUGCUCCUUCCCCUCAAAUUCAGGCACUCACUCCCCCAUCCCGUCACUCUCAUCAAUCUCUCUGUCAUUUCAUCGAACAUGUGCCGGAUAUAUUUACAUUUAUUGCGGCUUCUCAAAGCUUGAGCUAGUUUUGAUGCUUGGUUGCGUGGUCGUGGAUCUGUUGCGUGAUACUUGAGCUCUGGCGAUGAAAAGAUAUCGAGGAUUUAGUUGGUUUUGGCUUCUUGUUGAUGCUUGAUGAUAUUUGGAUUUGAUUGGGAUUUCGAGGGUUGGAGUAAUGGAUGGGAGAAUGAAGAAAUAUAGGCAGUUGAGUCCGGAUAGAGCAAAAGUUUGGACUGAGAAAUCUCCCAAAUAUCGAUAUAAUCAACAUUAUAACUCUCCGCCUCCUCCUCCUCCGCCGCCGCCGCAUCAUACUGGGAAAGUUCCGGUUGUUUACUAUCUAUGCCGGAAUCGCCAGCUUGAGCAUCCGCACUUCAUGGAAGUCCCUCUGUCCAGUGAUGAUCUUUACUUGAGAGACGUGAUUGAAAGGCUUAAUGUUUUGAGAGGCAGAGGCAUCGGCUCGUUGUAUUCUUGGUCUUGCAAAAGGAGUUACAAAAAUGGGUAUGUAUGGCAUGAUCUUUGUGAUGAUGAUGUAAUUCAUCCCGCUCAUGGCAAUGAGUACAUUCUCAAGGGUUCGGAGAUCUUUGAAGAUUCGGAUCCCGGUCGCUUUAGUCCUGCUCCGACUUUUACGCCCUGCCCCCAGAACCAGGAGGAAUCGUCUUCUUCGUCUAGCUUGAAUGGCGGAACUACAAAGAGUUCGCAGGAUGAUGAGCUGUCACCUCGACUGCAGCCCCCUUGUGCGUCCGCUGCAUCCCCAGAAUCGGGUGUGGGGAAGAUUUCGUCUUGGAACGGUCCUUUAUGCCUGACAGAGUACAAGAGUGAGGGCAUUGCUAAUGCUUCCACUCAGACAGAUUCACAAGCCUGCGCAGUCAUUGAGACAGGUGUUUCAACUGAUGAUGGCUCGUUGGAACCUCAUCAAACUCAAGUCUCCGAGGAUGCAGAGAGAUCCGGGAACUCUGUUCUGCCACCUCCCUCUGCUGCCGGUGCUGCAGCAUCAAGUGGUGGUGGGGCGGAUACGUUGGAAUCUCUCAUUAGAGCUGAUGUGAGGAAGAUGAACAGCUUUAGGAUACUCGAAGAAGAAGGGUACCGAUUCCCAUCAAGAACAAAGCUCAAGAUUAUUAACAUGAUAACACAGCUAAUCUCCUGCGGCUAUGUGCAAGAGAAAGAUCACAGCUUUGUGCCAAGGUUUUCUAGCUCCAAUUUUAAGUCCCCAUUCUCGACUUCACUAACGUUGGGAGAGAUCGAUCACCUGCCUGAGAAUCCUCGUGCGAUGGGAAAGAGGGUUGCAGAUAAGAAGUGCUUUAGUGGGAGUUUGGCUGAGAAGAGUUUGCUCGAAGAAGUUGCACCCACUCUUAAACGAUCUUCUUCUUACAACGCUGAUAGAAGCACUCAGCACAUUGAUUCUAUCAAUUGUAAGGAAGAAGGAAGUUCCACAAAUUCAAAAUGUGUCCCAUUGUCAAUCAAGGCUUCUCUCACUAAGCAGCUAAGAUGUGAACUACUGAGAUCCCCUAAAUCUGAGAGACGACGUUCAUCUGAGAUUGGGGAAAGCUCGCGAAUCACUGACCCUGACGCCUCAAGCCGGAGCAGGAGGACGACAGAGCCAUGUUCUGCAGAGAACGUGAUCAGAAUCGAAGAAAGCUUGCUUCAGGAGCUCGAGUUAUAAUACAAUCCAAAGCAUCAUCGUGGGAUUAAGUGAGAGAAAAUUAGGUACACUUUUUCUUUUUCUUUUCUUUUUUUUUUUUGGGGGGGGGGGGGGGAGGUGGAUUUUUAUUGCAGAGAUGAGAAGUGGGAUCAAUCUUGAAACAUCCUAGUACAAAAUCAAGAAACUGAUAUUGAGGUUCCAACUUAAACAAGUGAAUCUCCAAAUGUGGCCAGAUCUGAUUCUUGGUUUCAGGUUUCAAAUUUCAACUUCUCCUUUGACAGUUGUAAAAGCAUUAAACAUAAAUGAAAAGCAUUAGAUAAAUUCCGUUCCUUUUGGUAGAGAAU